AUGGCUUCCCACGACGACUCCCUCCACCCCUUGGCCGAGUCUGGCGUCACGAUCCGGUCCGACAGCGAGCAGUACUCGCAGGGCGACGAAUCACCCCCCUCAUCGAACUCGCCGAUCAUCCUCUACAAGCCGCCCACGCUCUGGGGUGUAGUUCGCGGCGUUGCAAUCAACCUGUUGCUUCCGUUCAUCAACGGUAUGAUGCUGGGAUUUGGAGAGUUGUUCGCCCAUGAGGCGGCGUUCCGGUUAGGAUGGGGCGGCACCAAGGUCUUCCCUCUCUCCAGGAGGAGAGCACACCCCAUUGGCCCCGGCCUGGAGGUUCGCGAGAAGCAGCGCAAGCCGGUGGGCCUCGAGGACCUCACGAGCCUGGAAUGA